UUAGUCGCCCGUUCGAGGUUUGGGAGAAAUUUUCUCAGAGCACAGGAGAGGCUAUGACAACUCAAACAAAGCCCGUACUGCACGGAUAUUUCAGGAGCUCCUGUUCAUGGAGAGUCCGAAUCGCUUUCGCAUUGAAAGGCAUCGAAUACGAUCAAGUGCCAGUAAAUCUCAUUAAAGAUGGAGGGCAACAGAGCCACUCUGAUGCAGCUUCCCCUAUGAUUAAGCUCACAGACCAAUACAAGGCAUUGAACCCAAUGCAGCAAGUGCCUGCGGUUAACAUUGACGGCAUCACUUUGUCUCAGUCUCUGGCCAUCAUCCAGUACCUUGAGGAAACUCGACCAGGGCGCCGUCUCCUGCCUGUAGAUCCGAAGAAGCGCGCUCAGGCCCGGAUGAUCUCUGACAUCAUCGCCUCUGGUAUCCAACCUCUUCAGAAUCUCUCAGUGAUACAGAAGAUAGGAGCAGAGAAACUUCAGUGGUCACAACAUUUCAUCACCAAAGGCUUUGAAGCUCUGGAACCCAUCCUGAAACAAACAGCAGGGACUUACUGUGUAGGAGAUGAGAUCUCCAUGGCAGACAUCUGUCUCGUGCCACAGGUCUACAAUGCAGAAAGGUUUAAAGUGGAUUUGUCCAAGUUUCCCACAAUCAAGAGGCUCAACGAGACUUUACUGAAACUUGAAGAAUUCAAAGUGAGUCAUCCCUCGUGUCAGCCAGAUACGCCACCGGACCUGCAAGCAUAAGUUUACGCUGUGGACAAAUGUGUGUACAAACAUUGUUGAAUUUGGAUGAUUGUACGCUUCAUUAAAUCUUUUUGAUACAAACAAUAA